UUUCCCAUACGAACCUGAAAACGAAAAGAACCUCCAUCCCUCCUCCAUCCGUCCAGUGUCCGACUCGUGCAAAGACCACAAUCUCCCCGCCUUUCGUCAUUUGCGAGCUGCCCUUUUUGUCAUCCGGAUUCUUGACGGGGUAUACCGACCGAUCCUUCAACUAGACAAAACCACUUUACAGCGUUAAAGCCCCCAAGAAACGCCAUCAACAUGAGCAGCAGCAGCGGCGACGAGGGCGACCUCGAUCUUUAUGCCAUUCUCGGCGUCGAUAAGUCGGCGAGCCCGAAUGACAUCAGGAAGGCUUAUCGCAAGCUCGCAUUGAUCCACCAUCCGGACAAGGUCCCCGAGGACCAGCGCCCCGAAGCCGAAGCCAAGUUCAAGACCAUCCAACAGGCGUACGAGAUUCUCAGCGACGAAGAGAAGCGCGAAAUGUACGAUGUCCACGGUAUGGCUGCUUUCGAUCCCUCGAGGGGAGGCGGCCACGGCGGCCACGGCGCCAACAUGGAUGACAUCUUUGCUGCCAUGUUCGGCAUGGGUGGCAUGGGCGGUAUGGGCGGCAUGCCUAGACGCCCCAAGCGCAGCCCGGAUGAGGAGCAGCCCUACAAGGUUACGCUCGAGGAGCUCUACAAGGGCAAGACUGUCAAGUUCGCUGCCGAGAAGCAGGUUGUCUGUCGCCAGUGCAAGGGCAGCGGUGCUAAGGAGAACGUAAAGCCCAACAAGUGCGAGCGCUGCAAGGGCCGCGGUCUUGUGGAGGCCUACCAGUCCAUCGGCCCCAACAUGGCCCGUCAAGUUGUCAUUCCCUGCGAUCACUGCUCUGGCUCUGGUAUGUUCUAUAAGGAGAAGGAUCGCUGCAAGAAGUGCAAGGGCAAGCGGACUUGCAAGGAGACCAAGGCUCUCGAGCUCUACAUUCCUCCCGGCUCCAUGCAGGGCGAUAGGAUCGUCUUGGAAGGAGAGGCAGACCAGCUUCCGGACCAGGCGCCAGGAGAUCUCAUCUUCCACCUUGUCGAGGAGCCCCAUGACGUCUUCACCCGCAUCGGCCAUGACCUCUCAGCCGACCUCAAGGUUACCCUUAUCGAGGCUCUGGCCGGUUUCUCGCGUGUCGUUGUCAAGCACCUUGACGGCAGAGGCAUUCACAUUAACCACCCUCGUGGCAAGGUUCUCCGUCCCGGCGACGUCCUCAAGGUCCCCGGUGAGGGUAUGCCCGUGAAGAAGAGUGAUAUGAAGGGCGAUCUGUACCUCGUUGUGAAGAUCGAGUUCCCUGAAGAUGGUUGGCUGCAGGACGACAGCCAGUAUGACGCUUUGGCGAAGCUCCUACCUCCUCCGGCCAAGCCUAUCGAGGCCGAGGAGAUGGAUGACGUUGAAUAUGAGACUGGUGCCGAUAUCCAACAGAUGGGCGCUCACCAAGGUGACCCGCGCUACGGCAACGAUUGGGAGGAUGAUGACGAUGAGGAGGAUGCUGGUCCCCAGUGCGCUACCCAGUAAGGAAAUAUACACUCUGUAGGGAGUGCUAUAUACCUAUAGCAUUGGCAAAGUCCUCGUCGCCAUCGUCCCUCAACGAGUACAACGCGCCAAGUAUCGAACUCGGCGUGGGUGGCUGGAAACGAGUGGGACAGUCCAGGACUUGACGGUCGCCCAGCUGCCACACCGAGAAACGCACGACCAGAGUAGCCGUUUUCUUCAAACCUUUUGCGGUUUCAUAUAGCUCUGUUGCGGAGCGGUCCAGCAGUAGUAUGCUUAGGAGCAUGGCCUAGCCCGGUUGGAUAAGCGAACUACAAGUUCCCACCACUGAUCCGGCAGGCCAUUUGCUCCCACUGCCACAGGACAUGGCAGUUUUGGAGGGUUUUGGUCAACAUGGAGC